CAACUGUUUAACAACCGGGAGGACGACCGGGAAGAAUCACGAAUACCACAGAUAUUGUCAUUAUUGACAGAUUAAAAAAUAUUGCCAAAUUACUAGUUCCUAAAUCUUAAUGUCUAAUAUUCGUUCAACCGCCAGCAGUAGCAAGCUGUUGCCCACUCAAAGUGUGGAAAGAAGAAAGAAAAUAGUCCUUGUAACAGACUAUAGACAAAGGCAACAUAAUUUAUCAAGAUCUAUCAAAGUAGAGCCGACAAGGAGAGAUUACAUAUUUCAAGGACAAUGGGAAACGUUUUUGAGCUACGAGGAUCCGGAAAAGGAUGUCACGUCAGCUUUUCUGGUUUUAAUUUGUGAUGAUCCAUCGGUACCGAAGAAGACAUCUCUAAUCAAAGAACUUCGCAUUUACGAACAUACGCUUCCUUUGAUAAAUCCGUACGACAGAAAAGGAGAGAAUCAGGAGCUAGGCGUUCAGCUGAUAAAUUGGGCAGAAAAAGUAGCUACGAUGGAGCACAACUCGUCACAAAUUGCAGCCCUGACCUCGGAAGUAAACUCGAGCUUUUUUAAAAAAUUGGGAUACAUUUUGGAAAACGGACCACACUUGUUUAAAAGCUUGGAGCUUGAUUAUAUUAGUGCGACUGAUUGUGCAGAUGGACCAGAUUUAAAAUUUGAUCGGAAUACCAAUUUGAUUAAAAACGUACUAAAUCCACAUUCUGAAGAAGAAGAAUGGCUCAGAAUUUUCGACGAAGAUUAUAAACAACGAAAAUCAUACUAAUUAUUUUAUUGAAGAACUUAAUUGGUUAUUGAUGUACUUAUAUUUUCUACAGUGCCUAUUAUUAACAAUAUAUAAAACCUUUUUUUAACCAAUCGUGUUUCACUGCGUCGCUAUUGGCGAUUCAAGCCUAGCGUUGCGCCUUCUGAAGGACAUUUUAUUUUUAAGUAGAUAUAUUCUAAAGCUGUCUAAUUUCAACAAAAUAGAUCGUUAUAAAGAAAAUAAUGCUUUUUUUUAAUUUAAUAGUGAC